CUUUGGCUACAAAGGUCAGUAGACAUUUACAAACACGUCAAAGUGUUGUUUGGUGACUUGGCCAAGCUGUGCUUUGCAGACGGAGAGUGUUGGGGUACUGUUAGUAGACUGAUUCAAACAUGGCGAAGCGGUGCCUGAUUUGUGCUGUCGUCUUUGGCUCUGUUUUGCUGAUGCUGACAGUUCGUCUCGCGUCCACUUGUGCACCUUCAGCAUGGGUACUCCCAGACAGAUGCCCUGACGAGAGUGAGCGGAUUUUGUUACCCAGUGGGAAGGUCUACUGGGCCGAACGCCAAGCUGCAACCUACGAGUCAGCCCAGAAGACGUGCCGGGUAAAGGGAGGACUGAUCGCGGUACCGACUGAUUCCUUUCAGAAUUCCGCUCUGGUCUGGCUGAAGAACUGCGUUGACAGAUUUCGGCCUAUUUGGAUUGGUUUACAACGCCAAGGUGUUGACCAAUGGGGUCCCCGCUGGGUUCAUGCCUUCGGAGCAGUCCCAUUUCCUUCCAACAUCCGGAUCAAGUGGCCGCACACAGACAGACCGUUUAGCGCAUGGGCACCAGGGGAACCUGAUAUAGUAGAGGACAGGCGCUGUGCGAGAAUCGUAAGCGGGUCCAAAAACGACAGCAGCAGAGACAAGUGGGCAGAUGCAAAAUGCAGCAGCAGGCAUCGCUACAUCUGUGAGAAAUUUACAGAUCCAGAGUGUUCCCAAUAUAAAGUGCUGAUGGAACCCUGGCGAAGUGUGAGGGUUAAAAAUCUCCACCCACCACACCGCUGUGAGAGCCAAGGCUGGUUUGGGAAUGACCAAUGGUACAGAUUCAUGGGGGAGGCAGGUACAGCCAUGCCGACGGAAACACCACCUUCUUCCCACCGCUGCGGCUCGGACACCCCCGUCUGGAUGAAUGGUACCCACCCUACUUACGAAGAUGGGGUUGUCGAGCGACAUGUCUGUGCACGUCAUUUGGGAAACAUCUGUCGCUGGAAAUGGACAAUACAUGUGAAGGCGUGCCCUGGAGGAUUUCUUAUCUACAAGUUACCACCCAUGAAGAUUGAGAACUGUCAUUCAACAUACUGUGGUCUAGGAAAUAACGUGACUGUGGUAGACACUGUCAGUAUCAUAUCUAACGAAGAGGAAGACAUAUCUAAAGAGUUCGACAAAGAACGAAAUGUUUCUGCAGACGAGCUUUCUAGAGUGACAACUACACAAGGAUGUGACAGCUACACUGAGUUGAGCGAGGCUUGGCGAAGUGUCCACUUCUUGAAAUAUUACCCUCCCCACGACCAGAUCAUAUGCGACGGGAUGGACACAAAGGUAGACGGUGGCUGGUACCGUUUUACCGGCGAAGCUGGCGACAGGAUGGUCACGGAGCGCCCCCUAUCGAUUAAUCGGUGCAAUACACACGCCCCAGUGUGGAUGAAGGGAGCACACCCAACCCUCAAUGAAGGGGUAGUGAGACGUACUGUUUGUGCUUUCUAUUCGAGGAGGAAAUGCAAUUGGCGUUGGAAGAUCCAUGUUAGGGCUUGUCCGGGUGGAUAUUUUGUGUACAAGUUACCGCCGGCGCCGGUGUGUCACACUGCAUACUGUUCCAACGGUCAGAACUAGGGCUGGGUACCGGUACAGAAAAUUCAGGUCCAGGUCAGGUCCAGGUCCAGAGGAUCAGGUCCAG